AUGGCCGCAAUUCAGCGCCAUGCCGUGGCACCAGUGCCACCAGUGCCACUACUGGUGGCACCGCCGCCGAGACUGCCGCACACGAGGCCACCAAACCCCUCGUGGCAUCUCCCUGCUACGCUGCUGGCCGGCGUUCUGCUUCCGCGUCAAAGCCAGCGCCUGUGGCGCCUGUGGCGCCUGGCACGCGGCGUGUCGCGCUGUCCAGAGUGCUGGCAGCCGCAACCAGUGCCUCAGAUGUCCCACCUGGACUUCCUACGGCAGUUGCGGCAGGGGGAGCCAGUGGUGCUGCGAGAUCCAGGGGGUGCAGAUUUGGUGGAGAAGUACAACUUCGAGUACCUGGAAAGUCAAAUGAAGGGUUCCGACUGGCGUGUACACUUGGUCCCAAAGGGCCAGCGCUUUCAGCGUGUCUAUGGACAAGGUGUGGGGGAAGGAAUGGUCACCACCAUGAGCUUCCCAGACUUCGCUGGAAAGAGUUUAUCCGAUGCAGCACAUGCAUACUACAUGCAGGUGCCCUUCAGCGGACGUCCAUUGGAAAGCCUCGGCACAGACCCGUACGGCUCCGACAUGCGCGACGAUCGAAGGCGUGUCCUUCAAUGGCUGCGAAAGUUAACAGAGGAGGCGGAGCUGGGCGAAUUGGAUAACAAUCAGUUGUGGAUCGGCCGUGGGGGAAAUUUGACCCCAUGUCACUACGACAAAGCCGAAAAUCUCCACCUGCAGAUCUGUGGCCGGAAGACGUUCUUACUGAUUCCUCCGGACCAAACCUUUGCGGUUUACCCUUAUCCCAUUGAUCAUCCACUGGACUCGUUUUCCAUGGUGGAUUUCGAUUCGCCAGAUUUCCAACGAUUCGAUGACUUCGCUGAUGUCCAGGCGUUCCAAGUCACUUUGGAGCCGGGCGACCUGUUGUACCUGCCGAAAUAUUGGUGGCAUCAGGUGGCACAAGGCAGUGGUGACAAUGUUUCGUUGAACUUCUGGUGUGCUGAAAGGCAAGCAGACCAGAUGAGCAUUUUUCAAGAGACAUCUCCGCGCUGUCGGCCACUCUUGGCACAUCGUUUUUUGGAAGACUUCACAGGCGGCAUCGUCCGUCGCCUCCACGCCGCCAAAGCGCUGCCGUCCAGCUUCACUGCGGCGCGGCUGCUCAGCGAGCUGGGCUCUGGCUGGGCGGAGGACACACCUGAAGGCUUGCGACGUCUGGGGUCCAUGGUGCGUGGACGAUUGGCUGAAUUGAUGGGCGACCUCUCUGAGGAGGAGCUUGAUGAACUGCUGCGUGGCACCUGUGCUGGUGACCGGCUGGUGGAAUGCCCAGCAACAGAGGUGACCACCGCCAGCCAGGGCGAUUUGGGCGGAUGGUUUGCGGAUGAAAAUGGCAGCUGCCAAAGUUGA